UUUACAUAUCAUACACUAAAAAAUGAAUUCCAAAUAACAUUAUAAUACUCAUAAAUUGACACUGACAAAGCCAAGUAAGAAAUCAUAAUUUUAUUCUGAUGAUGGAGAAAGCACAACACCUCAUUCAAUAAAUUCUGUAAAACAUAAAUAAGAGUUUUAAACUGACGAUUCUGAUUGUGGUACACCAAUAACUCCUUCAGCUAAGUCUCCUUAGAAACCACAACAAUCAAAAUUCAAACCAAAACCAUCCACAAUUUAAUAACUUUUUACUAAUACAGCUAAAAAUGUGUUGUCAAAUAAGUAGAAUCAUUCUGAUGCUGAAUUAAAAACUUCAAAACAAUAUGAAGUUUCUGUGAAAAAUCAUCCAUUUAGACAUCUAAUAUUUGGUGAAUCAGUUUCAGAAACUACACUAAAAAAACAUCUUUUAUUAACUUAAAGAGGUUUGAUAUAUGCAACCAAAUGUUUAAAAGGACCGAGUGAUUAAUUUAUAAAAUCUCGUCAAAUAGAUGUUCCAAAAGAAGAAAAUAAAUAAAAAAUACUUCUGUUAGAUUUAGAUGAAACCCUAAUUCAUUGUUGUAGUAGUAAAGAGUAAGCUUAAGUUAACAUUAAUUAAAUAAGUUUUAAUGUAAGACCAUAUACAAAUUACUUUUUAAAUAAAUUAUCGGAAAUUUAUUCAAUUUUUAUUUUCACAGCUUCUUCGCCUUCAUAUGCAAGUACUAUUGUAGAUUAUUUGGAUCCAGAAUAAAAUAAAAUAAUUGGAAUAUUUUCAAGAAAUCAUUGUAUGGAAACAAAAAAUGGAUUUUUUAUUAAAGAUUUAAGAACUCUAAAAGAUAUAGAUUUAAGUUCUGCCAUAAUAGUGGAUAAUUUGGCUCAUUCGUUUGGUUUAUAAAUUGAUAAUGGAAUACCAAUAUUGGAAUGGAAUUCUGAUGAGAAAGAUGAAGAAUUGAAAUUUUUAACAGAGUAUUUAAUAAAAGCCAAUUAAGUUGAGGAUGUAAGGAUAUAUAAUCGAGAGAACCUUCGUUUAAGAGAAUUAAUCAACUACUAAUUAUGA